AUGAAUCAAACACCGUUUCUCUCAGAUUUUCACACCAGUAACGUCGAAAGACCCGCCAGGAAAACCUCUCGACGCCGCAAUGGAAAGAAAAAGAGCAGCAAAGAUCGAUCCAAAAGCACAAAACUGGUGACUUUAAAAGACACAGCCAACCAAAUCCGUCUCUAUGCUUGGCAUGAAUUGGAAUCAUGGCAACAAGACAAUGAGUUCCUUCACUCGGGUUACCGAAAAGCCACCAAUUCGUACCGGGCAUCUCUCACAUCACUAUCUUACAUCCACAAUCAAACAGCGAACAUUUACUCCCAUCUCGUCGGAGCGUUUCUCUUCAUACUGGCAUCCAUCUUCAUCUACUACUCGGUUGCUUCGCGAUAUUCGACUGCUGAUGCGUGGGAUGUUGGAAUUUUCGCAUCAUUUUUUAUGGGUGCGAUGACGUGUUUUGGGAUGAGUGCUUUCUUUCAUACGGUGGGAAACCACAGUGAGAAAGUUUAUCAUAGUUGGUUGCUCAUGGACCUUUACGGUAUCUUGGGGUUGAUUUGUGGGACGGUUUAUUCCGGGACGUAUUAUGGAUUUUAUUGUGAGAGGAAAAUUUGGCUGGCGUAUUCUAUUCAGGUGAGUCCCAUUCCGUUUCGUUUACCGCAUACUUUUGGCAUAGUGCGAGUGAUGUCUUGGUAAAUGAUUUGAUAUCGUUGGGUUUAUGUUCGGUGUUCGAAUAUUGACUGAGAAUGAAAUACUGACGAUCUCGUAGAUCACACUCAUUACAAGUCUUGGAGCUCUCAUUUGUGCUAUGCCAAAAUUCCGCGCUCCUAAAUGGAGAAUUGCUCGAGCUGUAGUCUUCGGCUUCAUUUUCUUCUCGGGAGCUAUUCCAAUGACUCACGCUGUCAAGAAAUUUGGCUACGAAAAAGCUGCUCAACAAAUGGGUUGGUGGUGGCUUAUUCUUGAAGCUUCUCUCUAUGUUAUGGGGGCUACAAUUUAUGCUGUAUGUUUUCUUUCUCAAUAUUUCCCAGAUACGCUCGAAUCCGUACUGAUAUUCCACAGUUCCGUUUCCCUGAAUGUAUCAAGCCGGGAGCCUUUGACAUAUGGGGAAACUCACACCAGGUAUUUCACAUUUUCGCAGUUCUGGGCGCUUUGGUGCAUUUGAUUGGCAUGAUUAAGGCGUUUGAUUACAAUCAUAAUCCGGCUACUAGACGCUGUUGAUCGAUUAGAAGGUUAGAGAAAAGUAUAUUGUGUAUAGAGAUAGGUCAUUUUGCAUAUAGAUUUUUAAUUGUUUUUUUGGGAAAGAUUAUUACCAUUUAUCUCAUCUUUACUUCAGGGCUGGGUUCGAUGCUUUAUCCAGUAUCACCGUGUGGG